AUGGAAAAUAAUAAUAUAGAUAAAAAAGAAUCAUUAGAAUUUCAUGUGAAUGAUAAAGAUUUGAAAUUCAUGAUGACCGAUCAUAUCUUUCAUAUAUCGAAUGCUCAACGAAUGGAAUACAACCCACCUCUACAUAAGAUCAUGAGUAAAAACAUGGUUGGAUGUAAACCUGGUGAUACUCUCGAACAUGUAUUCAAAGUAAUGGUGAAAUACGGAUAUAAAAGACUACCGGUUGUCGACGAAAACUAUACUCUACUAGGAAUCGUAACCGAUAGAGAUAUAAGAGUAUACUCUAAAUCUCCAUUCGAAACAAAGAGUGAAGAAGAAUGGUUCGAAUUUUUAAGAUCUAAAAAAGUAAAUGAUAUAUUACCACCUAAAGCAGCUUUACAAGUAUUACAUGAAGAUGACACCACUCUGGAUGCAUGUAAGAUGAUGAUACAAAAUACUAUUACCGGACUGCCUGUUGUUAAUAAAGAGGGUAGAUUGACUGGAAUCAUAUCCAGAUCCGAUCUAUUGGAUCAAUUCAUUAGAAUAGCUGAACCAAUGUAUACAUAUCAAGAACAAAAAGGUAGUGAAUUAGAUCCAAUAACAUUAUAA